AUGUCAGAAUAUUUUAGAAAAUACAUUAAAAAAGAAAAUUAUGGAAAUCAUUUGUAAUUUAAUAUCUAAUAUGUAGUACUAAUAUCAAAUAUAAAACAUCAUUUAGAAAUUGCAUCUUAGAAGUAUGAUUGCAUGAAUAAUGAAAGGCAUUUAAGAGAAGAAAUUGGAAAGAAACUGAUGGUGACGAUUGGGAUAUUAUGUGGGCUGAAAAAGAAUGGAUUCAUGAAGUUAUGGAUCAUAUUCAUAUGCAACAUCAUUAAAAAAUUAAUCAUUUUCGUAAUCAUUAUGAGGUAAUAUUUUUAAUUUUCUAUUUCAAUUAGUUAACUCGCAAAGAUCUCAUGAUAAAGAAUCUCAAAAAGUAAAAAAGAACUUUAGAAAAAGAGGGUAAAAUUGAUGAAGCCAAUGCGUAAUUAAAGUAAUUUAACGAUUUAGUUAUAAUUUUUUUCCACUGACUUACCAUUUACCGAGUGAAUAUCCUAUAUUUAAUGAAGAAUUUAAAAAGUAAGGUGACAACAAAACUGCAUGGAUCAUGAAACCAGUAAAAUAUUAUUUAUUAUCUUUUAUAGAUAGGCAAAUCAUAAGGAAGAGGCAUAUUUUUAUUUAACAAAAUAUAAUAAAUAUCUUAAUGGAAAAAUCAAGUUAAAUUCAAUCCUGAAAAUCCUUCUGCAGAAUCCUAUAUAGUUUAAAGAUACAUAGCUGAUCCUCUCUUAAUUGGAGGCAAAAAGUUUGAUACUAGAAUCUACCUAUUAUGUACUUCAUAUUCUCCUUUAACAUUAUACUUAUAUCGUACAGGUUUUGCAAGAUUCACUCAUCACAGAUAUGAUAAUUAAGAUAUAACUAAUACUUGUAUAAUUAUUUUUAUAAUAAUUAUAGAUGUUCAUUUAACAAAUGUAGCUAUUCAAAAGACUUCAGAAAAUUAUGAUGAAAAACUAGGUGGUAAAUGGGAUUUAUAAAAAUUAAAACUCUUUUUAAUGACUAAAUAUGGAUAGGAUAAAGUAUAAGAAUGUUUUUAUAAUGUUUAACAAUUAAUGAUUAAAUCCUUAUUAGCAGUUCAAAAAAUUAUCAUUAAUGAUAAACAUUGUUUUGAACUUUAUGGAUUUGAUAUUUUAUUUGAUUCUUAAUUAAAGCCUUGGCUUUUGGAAGUGAAUGCAAGGUAUAAAACAAGUAAAUUAACAAAAGUCCUUCUAUGACAUCUAAUACACCAAUUGAUUUUGAAUUAAAAUGUGGAUUACUAGAUGAUGUUUUUACAAUUAUUGAUCUUGAAAAAAUAUUAAAUGGAAAUGAGGAAUAAAUUGGAGGAUUUGAUUUAAUUUAUAAAGGUGGUCCUAUCAAAAAUAAUUAUAAUUGUUCUUAAAUAUCAUUUCUUGGUACUUUUAAUAAUAGAAAAAUAUAAUUAAAGAAACUUGCCAAAGCAUGUGGUAAGUAAUUAUAAUUAUUUAUUUUAAGCAUUAAAAUUGGCCAAUACAAAUGAUUAAAUUUAAGUGAAAAGUUCUGAAGGAAAUAAAAAUAAUAAUAAAGAUAAAGAUAAGGAAGAAAAAGAAAAAUAAAUGAGAAGUUCAUCAAAAAGUUCUUAGAUUGCAUAAGUUGUAUUUUUUGAAUUAAUUAUAAAGAAUUAAAAUAAUCCAAAUAAAAUUGUUAUCCAAUAAAAAGGAAUAAUAAGUAUUAAAAGAAAUUCUACAGAUUUACCUAUUUUAAUGAAUAAAUAAAAUGCAAUACGGAAAAUGCCUAUUUAAAAUAAUUAAUAAAAAUAGAAAAUAUAAAUUUAACAAUAAAAAGAAGAAUAUCAAUAGAAUAAAGUGUAUGAAAAAUAAAUAAUUAUGUUAGAAUAUCUUAGUUAAACAAUUCUUCAUUCAGUCCAAAUGUUAAAUUAGAGAAUGCUUCUAAUCAUCAAAAUCAUUAUUUACCAAAAGAUAGUUUUAGAACGUUACCUAGAAUUGUUAAGGAUGAAUCUUACAUUUCAGAUGUUUGAAUUAGAAAUUGUAAUCAUAAAAAACUCAUUUAUAAAAUAUAUAUAUAUAUAGGAUUAAAUUAUUUUAAAUAUGAAUUGUUUCACUAAAUUUAAGAACUUAAUUUAGAAAUAAAAUAAUAUAUUUUUUUUUAUGUAAAUAUUACCACCAGCUGAAAGAGUGCUGCAUUUCUAAGAAACAAAGAGUUGGUUCAAUUCUAGACAUUCAUCUAAAGUAAAGGAGAAAUAUAGAAAAACAGAAAAGGAGUUAUUUGAUGAUGAAAUAGUCACAGAAACAUUCCAUUUAAUUGAUAGAGAUCAUUCAAGUAUAAUAUAUUAAUUAAAAUUUGUAAGAUACAAUUGAAAUGGAUGAACUAUACUCCAUGUUGAAAAAAAACAAUUAUCCUGUUAAUUUAGGUCUUUUGAAGGCCUUUUUCGAAAUGACUGAUCGUGAUGGCAAUAGUAUGUUUCUAUAAUUAUAUUCUAAGAAUGUAUUGAUUUAGAUGAGUUCAAAUAAGUAAUAAAGGAUGAGGGAACUUCUUAAAGUAAUGAAGUGAUUAAAUUUCAAUAGCAUUUAGGACAUUGAUGAGAAAAAUGAGAGAAAUUGGAGAAGAGAAUUAUUAUUCUACUGAUUUUGUAAAUCUACUAAGAUAUUUAUCUUAUUGUGCCAAUCGAACAGACUUGAUAUGGCAAAUAAAAGUACUUAUUCAUCAUUAUAUUCAUUUCAAUUAUAAAGAAUACACGUCUAUCAUUCGAAUAAAGAUCUAAGUUAGUGUCUGAGUUAUUUAAAGUGAAUUAGUAAUUUACAAAGAUAUCAAAUCCUAAAGAAGAAUAAAAAUGCACAUUAAGACCUUUUAUGAAAAAUAAGGUUCAAGGUGAAAUUAAAUAUCUCACACCAAUAAAUAAAAAGCCCCGUAUCAUAACAAACAUGUCCACUAAAACUAGAAUAAGUACCAGCAAUCAAAAUUCAAUAUUAUCUUUCGAUAUUAAUAGUAUUUCAUCACCAAGAUUAUCUCCGUUAAAAACUGAUAGAUAUGUAUUCAGUAAGAAAAUGAGUUUAACCACAACUCCAUCCACUAAAACUACUUUGUAUUCAACAAAGUCCACAUAAAAGAUUAAUAAUAAGUUUUGA